CCAUCAGUCAGUACUCAGUGAGUCACUUUCGGUCUAUAGAGUAUAGAUAAAAACUAAAGAGGAAUAAUUAUUAAUUCGUAGACCGUACUCUGUGAUGUUAUUUGAAAAUUGAAAUAUGCAUUUUGAAAACUCAAAAACGCUGAAUACCUAUAUGUAUUUAAAAAAAUAUUCUUUUAUAGAAAAUAGACGCAAUAAUAUGUUAUAAUAAAUAUUAUCAUUAUAAAUAUUAUAUAAGUUUUAUAUUUAAAUGUGUUAUUAAAAUAAACGUAUCGAAAGUAAAAUUUCGAAAUGUUUCGGCUUCUCAAUAAAAAAAUAUUAUUUGGAACAACAUUGCGAUUAACUCCUGCAACUAUAAUUCCGUUUUUUAAUACUCCUAAUAAAAAUGACUUUGAUAAUCUUAAAACUAACCCAAAAGAUAGACCUAUUACAGGAUGGGAGAGAGUUAGACAAAUGUUUACUACAAAUGAGGAUGAUGUUAUUUCUCUAGAAUUGCAUAAUGUCAUACAAGCUUCACUAACUGGAGCUUUUUUUGGUGCAUGCUAUGGAGGUUUCUUAAAAUCAAAGGAUGCAUAUAUCUCCUUUUUGGAAAACAAUCAAGCUACUAUUUUUAAUUCUACUUUUGAAGCAAAGAGAAAAUUGCAAGACUAUGUGACUAUAGCAUUUGCAAAAGGUGCGGUUCGAUGGGGUUGGAGGCUUUUUAUCUUUACUGGAAUGUAUACUGUAAUUGCAACUACAAUAUCAGUGUAUAGAGAUAAAAAUUCUGUAUUGGAGUAUGUGGUUGCUGGUGCAGUCACGGGAGCACUUUAUAAGGCCAAUCUUGGUCUUGCUGCAAGCAUAGUUGGUGCUGGCCUAGGUGCUGCCCUAAGUCUUAUUGCUGGUAUAUUAAUAAUAGGUAUAUUGAAAAUCAGUGGUGUAUCAAUGGCUGAUAUUCGAAGAUCACUCUACAAAUUAAAAGAGAUGAGGGAAGAACAAUACAAUCAAGGUGUGGAAAAACAUGCAGAAGAAAAACACGAUAGCUUAACAAAACAUCAUGAUCAGUUGGUUGAGUCUAAAGGAAAAACGAAAGUUGAUGAACUAUAAUAUUUCUUUAAAAUGUAGUUUAAAAUAUAAAUUAAAUUUAUAAUGAAUG